AUUGGUUGGGACUUUUAUUUGUCGAAGCAGCAGCUCCGGGUCACAGGUGUUUGGAUUGUGAAGAUGGCGGCGCCCUGUGAGCUGUUCUGCUGGAAGGCUGGUUUGGGUUUACCGUCAGUAAAUACGGACUGUCUCAUCGUGCUGGCAUACGCUCGCUUUGCUGGAGCUCCGCUCAAAAUUCACAAGAUUUCUAACCCCUGGAGAAGCCCCACAGGUUCACUUCCUGCUCUCAGGACCAAAGAUGAAGGCAGCUGCUCCCAACCCAGUCAGAUCAUCACUCAGUUGAGGAAACAGAAAUACAAUGCAGACAAUGAUCUCUCGGCCAAAGAGGGCGCAGACACUCUGGCCUUCAUCUCACUGCUGGAAGAGCGACUGUUACCUGCGCUGAUCUACGCUUUAUGGAUCGAUCCUAAAAACUAUGUGGAGGUGACGCGCCGCUGGCAUGGAGAGAAUAUGUCCUUCCCGCUCAACUUCUUCCUGCCGGGCCUCAUGCAGAACAGGCAGCUUGAGCGACUCCGCCUGAUCCGGGGAAACAGUUCGCUGGAGGCGGGAGAAGAGGCAGAGAAGGAGCUUUACCACGAUGCUCUGGAGUGCCUCAAUCUUCUCUCUCAGCGACUGGGAUCGAACACAUUUUUCUUUGGCGAUUCGCCCUCUUCUCUAGAUGCAUAUGUCUUUGGUCAUCUAGCUCCGCUUAUUAAGAUCCGACUGCCUAACUGCCGACUGCAGCAGAACUUGAAGAAUCUGGACAACUUGAACACAUUUUGCUGUAACAUCCUGAGCUUGUACUUCCCCAGUGAGAGUAAAGAGGGCGUCAAUCGUCCGAUGUCCAGCACACAGCAGGGGAGCGACUUUGACAACGAGCCAUACAAGAGACGCAAGCAGCUGCUGUCAGUGCUGGUCGCAGUGGCAGCGAUGCUGAGCUACGCUCUCCUCACCGGCAUAGUAGCUAUUGAGCAUGUGCAGGAGGAGGAGCCUGUAGGCCCCGCCUCACUCAGAGGCCCCUCCCAUGAGGAAGAGGAUGAGUGAAAGUAGGACUUUUUAGUUGCACUAGGAUGGUCAUGCCUACAUGGUGGAAGAAAACACAGGAACAACAUAUUGUUGGGGAUUCAUGUAUUAUUUAUUCCUUGAGCUUUAUUUGCUUGAUAAUCUUUGGUUUUAUAUCUUAUUUUUUCCAUGGAGCUGCACUCGUUGCUUUAAUCUUUUGACUGAGUAUAUUCACCUGUGUUAGCUACAAAUGCUAAGCUAAGUUUAGCUGAGAAAGCACUUAAAACUUCACCGUCGUCACCAACCUCAACGUUCAUUGUGUGGACCAAAACAUAUAUUACAGUUUUAAAUAGCUUUAUGAUAAUGAGAAUGAGAUUUACAUUUCUUACGUGCUAUUGCCUUAUUUAAAGCUCUAUGGUUUUCUUUUAACACAUUUUAUUUGCUUACCUGCGUUGUUCUGCUCUGCUGUCAGUACUGGUCUGCUGUUAUAUACUUCAGAGAGAUUAAUACUUAUGUUAAUGUGAUGAUCCUAUUGAGUGAAAUAGGAAAUUACCAAUAUUUAAUGAUGUUAGAGUCUUAAAGACAUACAGUAAAUCACCAAAAACAUAUAAUUUAUUCGACUUCAUGUCUCAUUCCAAACCUGUGUGACUUGGUUUCUCAUAUGAAAUACAAAAGGACGUAGUAUGUAAAAUGUCAACAUUGAUUUCCUCUCAAUUAAAGUGCAGAUUUGUGCUCCAGAAUGAGAAAAAGUAGUUCAAACAACUUGUGAUCUAUUUUCUAAAUAUUCUGCAGCCAUACUUUAGUUAAUUUAUAUAAUUAUUCACUAAAAAUAUCCCUCUUGGCUAUUGAAACUUAUUUGCGCUAUAUAUUCUUAUUCAAAUAUGCAUAUGCAUGUUAAAAUUUGGAUCAGCAUGUUUGAUCGCAUGUGAGAACCAAUAGCAUUUGGCAUCACUAAUUUGUGCAUUGCACAUUUGAAUAUUGCGCCAGAAUGAUUAUUAUGGCACAUUGUAUAGAAAACACUGAUUUAAACAGGAUGAUUAAAAAUAUCUUCUUUUGUGACAAUCAUACAGGUUUACAACAACACAAGGGUGAGUUCAAGAUGACAGAAUUAAAAUUUUUGAAUAAGCGAACCCUUUAAACACUUUCAGUUUACUACAAAGGAUAAAGAGGAACUGUUUUACAUUAUUGAGGAUUAGAAAUGGCACUUGCAUAUUUUUUAGGAGAACGUAACAGAUUAUUAAAGCCAAAAGUUACUGUCCAAAGAAAUCUUGCUGACAGACCACAAAACUGGCAAAAGAUGUUUCAGUUCCUGUAACUUUCCAUUAGGUCUAUGGCAGUUAAACUAGAGGAGAGUGAUUUAAAAAAAAAAGAAAGAAAUGUUUUUUAUCUAGUUAAACUGGUUAAAAGAGAAACAAUGGAUUAAUGAAGAUGGCUGAUUUGGGUAUUGUUACUUAUUGUUUAUUGUCAUUUUUUUUUUCCCUCUAAGCAUCUUUGUUUUAGACCAUAAAGCUCCAAAACUAGUUCCCUGGUGUGUUGAUAUGUGUGUAUUCAUUCAUAGAGAUGGAAAGGAAACUACAGAUUGAACAGUCAGUUAAUCUCAUUUCACAAGGUGUUACGGGCUGUAAAUAUAUAUAUAUAUUGCUUAUGGAGUUCUAUUUUUAUAAUUUAAUGGGCAAAUAAAUGGUCCUGAAUAAUCCUUGUUCUGCAGUGGGUUUCUUUAUUUUAUGCAGUUGCAAUGCUGCAUUGACACAGAGGGAGUUGCUGAUUUUAUCUGUUGCAUUGUUGUAACAAGUGAACCUGAGCUGAGGACCGUGUGUGUGAAUUGGAGGUUGUAAGAGAGAAAGAUAUUUGUUUCAAGCUACGGUUUACCUGCCGGCAGUGUUUCCGAGCAUCAGAGCUGACUGAGCGAGGGCUCUGUGAUUUGGUGCCCUGGGGAGACACAGCUGUGUGUUACAGCACCAGACUGGAAUCCUUCUCUGGCUCCUGUUCGUUUCCUUGUAUUUGUGUGUGGAAACAUAGUGAACCCCCUCCCCAGCACUAGAUCCAGAGAAAUCAGGAGCUCCCCGAAGCCGCACGACAUCGUUUAAUGACCUCAGAAGAAUCAUCUGGGAAAGAAUUCCUGUUCAAGAAGGAAAAAUGCAUUUGGAUUGUGCUCAUUUUCCACACAGGGAUUGAGACGGGGAAGCGGGUCCAGUAAAGCUCAAGUAUGACAGAACUGUUCCCCCGACACCUGCUGUUAAAAGCUGUUUCUAGGGAAACUCAGAGGUAAUGAAAAAUAAACAUCACCCCAGGACAGACUGUCGGGACUGGACGCUGAAUCUGAAGAGCCCUCAUGCUCUGCUUUCAAAUGUCAACAGCAUUUUCUUUCUUUAUGCCAGGAGAUUGUGUUUGCGAGCAGACUGGCACAAAAUCAAGAGCUGACACUGGAAUUAUUAAUUUGAGCAAGAAUAGAUGUCAAAGCCAGUGUUUGCAUCUGUUCUUUUCACAAUACAACAAUUCUUAUGGUAUUACCAUGUGUAUUAUUUUAUCUCCCGGAGUAAAUA